CGUACAUGUAUUUACUUGUACAUUUAUACAAGCAAUACAGUCAAUACAAAUUAUACAUUUAUACAGAAUAAAAAACUACAGAAGUAUAACAUAAGCAAAUAUAAGCAUGGAGAUGGAGAAUUUAAAGCAAUAUCAUUAUAAACGAUCAACGACUCAACGAACGAACGACGACGCCGAUGAUUAAUAGAUGUGAAAAAAAAAUAAUUGUUUAGCAAAGGCUAAGUCAUUUUUUAGUGUUUUGCGAUUUUACGAUUUUGCGAUAGUCACACUACCAGAAAAAAAAUAUGACACUGUGUAUGCUAACUGAAAACAAUUGUUUUGUGCAUUAGCGCAAAAAUAUAUUUAUAAUAAUAAUAAUAGCAACUAUAAAAACUUAUACAACAACGAAACUGUUAUUUCACUCACGGAAUUAUUAUAGUAUACAUAUAUGUGUUUGUGUCAUCGUAUAAAAAACAUUAUGGUUUUAUUCGACAUGUAGCAUGGAAAUUUAAGAUGGUGUUAAAAAAAGAAAUCGAUAAAUGUAUGAAAUUUUUGAAUGAUAGAUAAAGUAAAGAAAAAAAUAAAUAAAAUUAAUAUUAUAAAAACCAUAUGCUUAGUAAAAGCUACCUCACACAGCUUAGUAGUCCUAAUUCUUACAUAAUGGUUCAGCAAAGGAUUCCUGGUUUAAAUAGUCACUGUGGUGGUCGACGUUUUGUAUUGACAUUAGCAACAGGAAUGAUAUUUGGAUUUUUCUCAGCGUGUCUUUUAAUCACAGCAACCAAAGAUGUGCCACAUAUGUUAAGUUGGAUGCCAGGCAGGUCUAGUCUUAGAGAUCCUCAUCAUUAUUCAGAGCUUGAUAAUGAGUUAGGACCUAAUGUAGAAGUUAAUUUUCAUGGAAAUGAUGAAGAUUUUCACAAAGGUGAAGAUAAAGUUGCUCAAGAAAUGGCUAAAAAAAUUCGGGUUUUAUGUUGGGUAAUGACUAAUCCCAAAAAUCAUCAAACUAAAGCACGUCAUGUUAAGGCAACGUGGGGUAAACGUUGUAAUAUUCUUUUAUUUAUGAGUUCAGCAGAAGAUUUAACUUUACCAACUGUAGUUUUAUCAGUAAAAGAAGGCCGUGAUAAUUUAUGGGCUAAAACCAAAGAGGCGUUUAAAUACGCUUAUGAAAAUUAUAAAGACGAAGCCGACUGGUUUAUGAAAGCUGAUGAUGAUACAUACGUGAUAGUAGAAAAUUUACGAUACAUGUUAUCGUCGUACGAUCCAUCAUCUCCGUUGUAUUUUGGUUGCCGUUUCAAGCCAUUUGUAAAACAAGGAUACAUGAGUGGUGGAGCUGGUUAUGUACUUAGUAAAGAAGGUUUAAAAAAAUUUAUCAACGAUGCAUUACCUGAUAAUACCAAGUGUCGUCAAGAUCAUGGUGGUGCUGAAGACGUUGAAAUGGGUAAAUGUUUAGAAAAUGCUGGAGUAAAAGCCAUGGACACACGAGAUCCUCAUGGAAGAGGAAGAUUCUUUCCAUUUGUACCAGAACAUCAUUUGAUACCUAAUCAUGUUGACAAAAGUUUUUGGUAUUGGAAAUAUAUAUAUUAUGACACUAAAGAUGGUUUAGAUUGUUGCUCAGAUAGUGCUGUGUCGUUUCACUACGUUUCGCCAAAUAUGAUGUAUGUGUUAGAGUACUUGAUUUAUCAUUUAAGACCAUACGGUAUCACCCAUAAGGUUCAAGAAAUUCAGACAAUAUCACCGUCUGUGGAACCGACAAUUACCAUUAUACAAUCCUAGUCUUAAAUAAUUCAUUAAUAACUACAAGAGUGGUCAUUUAAACAUACUGUUUUCAUCAAUGUUAACAGUGAAUUGAACAAAACAAAAAAAAACCCAUUGAAAACUUUAUGCUAGUCAGCUGCUAAUAAUAAUAAUUACAACAAUUUUUCACGUUAAACGUGAUAAAUUUUAAAUCUUAAGUUUUUUUUUUUUUUAAUUGGUUUUAGAAGUAUCGAAGUACAAUGGAAAAAAAAACUCCUGCGGCGCACAGGGAACAAUAAUAUAAAAGAGUCGGAAGAAAAAAAAAAUAUUAAAUAAAUAGCCGCAAAUAUUUCACUUGAAAAAAAUGAAAUAAAAUAAAUAAUUAUAAUAAUUUUGUGUCAAUGCCUAUUUAUAUAGUUAAGAGACAUUUUUGCACGUAUUACCAUUGAAUUAAGAUAAAAAAAAAAAAUAAUAAUAAUAAAAAACACAUAAAAUAUUUAUAAUAAUUGUAAUAUAAUAAUCCCAAUAAUAAUAACUACCCAAGUAAUAAAUACUAUAGAUACAAAGUGAGUGAGGGCGAUUUUAUGAAUAAAUAAACCAACUGUUUGGGGAUAAUGAUUUUUUUCUAUGUACAAGUAAUAUUUUGUACUAUUCAACUGACGCAAUUUUAUAUCUUAGCCCUCGAAUAAAUAAACAUGCUCCAGUUUUUCAUAUUUCUUUAUAUAAUUCCUUAUUGUUCUAGAUUUUUCGUGGAAUAAAAAGUGCGGAGGAAAAAAUUUAUCUCUCUCUCUCUUUCUGUGUUUCUCUUUUUUUUUUUCCCCAUGUCAUUUCAUAUCUAAUGAUCACUGUAUUUUUUC